CGGCGGAGGGGAAAGAGAGGGAAGGGUCUUUGUGCCGCCCCUCGGCCUCCCUCGCUCUGGCUGCUGGGGCUGAAGGCGGAGGAGGAGGACCGGGAGCUUCCCUUCCUCCCGCUUUGGGCCUCGGGGGAGCGAUGGCGCGGCGAGCCCUUGCCGAGGAGAGACCUUCUCCGCCGGGCAGGGCGUGAGGGAGACCAUUGGAGAGAGAGAGAGAGAAAGGGCUUGUGUCUCUCUGUGUGUGUAUCUCGAGCGGGGCUGGCCUUGGCAGAGGAGGAGGAGGAGGCAGGUGGGCGGGGAAGGCGUCGCGGAGCGGCCGGCCCCAACGUGGCGGCGGCGCUGCUGCUGCUGCUUUGGAGAGGGAGCCCGGCGGAGGCAGAGGAAGAGGCAGCAGGAGCCCGAGGAGGAGGGCGGCUGGCCCCGGGAUUAAGGGCCAUGGGCAACGCCGGCAGCAUGGACGGGCAGCCGGCGGACUUCAGGGCGCCGCCUGGGCCACCGCUCAAGCUGCCCCUGCCGGAGCCCGCCGAGCUGGAGGAGCGCUUCAACGUCGUCCUGAAUGCAAUGAAUUUGCCUCCUGACAAAGCAAGGCUACUCCGGCAGUAUGACAGUGAGAAAAAAUGGGAAUUGAUCUGUGAUCAGGAAAGAUUUCAAGUCAAGAAUCCUCCUCAUACAUAUAUUCAGAAGUUAAAAGGCUAUCUUGAUCCAGCCGUAACAAGGAAGAAAUUUAGGAGAAGAGUUCAAGAAUCUACACAAGUUUUACGAGAACUGGAAAUAUCUUUAAGAACCAAUCAUAUUGGAUGGGUCAGAGAGUUUUUGAAUGAAGAAAACAAAGGCCUAAAUGUUUUGGUGGAAUAUUUGUCAUUUGCACAAUAUGCAGUCACCUUUGACUUUGAAAGCUUGGAAAACAAUAUGGAAAACUCAAUGGACAAAUCUAAACCUUGGAGCCGUUCGAUAGAAGAUCUUCAUCGAGGAAGUAACUUGCCUUCUCCCGUUGGCAGUAGCAUUUCCCGCUCUAGCAGGCAUUCUACACUGAGGUAUAACACCUUACCAAGCAGAAGAGCACUUAAAAAUUCAAGAUUAGUGAGUAAAAAGGAUGAUGUUCAUGUCUGCAUCAUGUGUUUGCGUGCCAUCAUGAAUUACCAGUAUGGAUUCAAUAUGGUCAUGUCGCACCCCCAUGCUGUUAAUGAAAUUGCACUAAGCCUGAACAACAAGAACCCCAGAACAAAGGCUCUGGUCUUGGAACUGUUGGCAGCCGUUUGUCUCGUGAGAGGAGGACAUGAAAUCAUUUUGUCUGCCUUUGAUCAUUUUAAAGAGGUUUGUGGAGAAAAACAGCGCUUUGAGAAGCUAAUGGAACAUUUCCGAAACGAAGAUAACAAUAUAGAUUUCAUGGUGGCGUGCAUGCAGUUCAUUAACAUAGUUGUUCACUCAGUUGAAGACAUGAAUUUCAGAGUCCACCUCCAAUAUGAGUUUACAAAACUAGGACUGGAUGAAUAUUUGGAUAAGCUGAAACACACAGAAAGCGAUAAGCUCCAGGUGCAGAUUCAAGCUUAUUUGGACAAUGUCUUUGAUGUUGGAGCUUUACUUGAAGAUGCUGAAACCAAGAAUGCUGCCUUGGAAAGAGUGGAAGAACUGGAAGAAAAUAUCUCUCAUUUAUCAGAAAAACUUCAAGACACAGAAAAUGAAGCUAUGGCAAAGAUUGUGGAACUGGAAAAGCAACUCAUGCAAAGAAACAAAGAACUGGAUGUUGUUCGGGAAAUUUACAAAGAUGCAAAUACACAGGUUCACACGCUGAGAAAAAUGGUGAAAGAAAAAGAGGAAGCCAUUCAGCGACAGUCCACACUGGAGAAAAAAAUUCAUGAACUGGAGAAGCAAGGUUCUAUUAAAAUUCAAAAGAAAGGCGAUGGUGAUAUCAACAUCCUUCCUGUUGGGGUGGCUUCUGGGACAUUAUCAUCUGGAUCAGACGCAGUGACUACCACUGUUGGGGGUUCAGUUUCUGGUACAACGUCUUCAGUUGCAUUGCCGCCACCUCCGCCCCCCUUGCCGCUGUCUGCAGAAGAAUCAGAAGCAGUUCAAAAUGGCCCUAUUACAACAUCGAUGCCUCCACCUCCUCCACCACCGCCGCCUCCCCCUCCGCCCCCACCAGCCCCCCCUCUUCCUGGUCCGGCUGCAGAACCAGUACCAGCGCCCCCCCUGCCGCCCCCACCCCCACCCUCCGCACCCCCUCUUCCAGGAACAGCCUCCCCCACAGUUGUUUUCAACUCAGGAUUAGCAGAUGGGCCAAUCAAGCUUUUCUCUGUGAAAAUCAAGAAGCCAAUAAAGACAAAGUUCCGCAUGCCAGUAUUUAACUGGGUAGCUCUGAAACCCAAUCAGAUCAAUGGGACAGUCUUCAAUGAAAUCGAUGAUGAAAGGAUCUUGGAGGAUUUAAAUGUGGAUGAAUUUGAAGAAAUAUUCAAGACAAAAGCCCAAGGUCCAGCCAUUGAUCUUUCUUCAAGCAAGCAAAUAACUCAGAAGGGGUCAAACAAAGUAACGCUAUUGGAAGCAAACAGAGCAAAAAAUCUUGCCAUCACUUUAAGAAAAGCUGGGAAGACAUCUGAUGAGAUAUGCAAGGCAAUUCAGGCAUUUGAUCUGAAGACGCUUCCAGUAGAUUUUGUUGAAUGCCUAAUGAGGUUCCUGCCCAUGGAAAAUGAAGUGAAAAUGUUGCGGCUUUACGAGCGGGAGAGGAAACCCCUUGAGAACCUGUCAGACGAGGAUCGGUUCAUGAUGCAGUUCAGCAAGAUUGAGAGGUUGAUGCAGAAGAUGACCAUCAUGGCCUUCAUUGGCAACUUUGCAGAAAGCAUCCAGAUGUUGACUCCACAACUUCAUGCUAUAAUUGCAGCAUCUGUCUCAAUAAAGUCAUCUCAGAAGCUCAAGAAAAUCCUAGAGAUAAUCUUGGCUCUGGGAAACUAUAUGAAUAGCAGUAAACGAGGAGCUGUUUAUGGAUUUAAACUACAAAGCUUAGAUCUGUUACUAGAUACAAAAUCAACAGACAGAAAACAAACGCUAUUGCACUAUAUAUCAAAUGUUGUGAGGGACAAAUAUCAACAAGUAUCACUUUUUUACAAUGAACUUCACUAUGUGGAGAAAGCUGCUGCAGUAUCGCUAGAAAAUGUUCUGUUGGAUGUAAAGGAACUCCAAAGAGGUCUGGACCUAACAAAACGUGAAUACACCAUGCAUGAUCACAAUACCAUGCUGAAGGAAUUCAUUCAGAACAAUGAAGGGAAGCUAAAGAAGUUACAGGAUGAUGCAAAAAUAGCCCAGGAUGCCUUUGAUGAUGCUGUGAAAUAUUUUGGAGAGAAUCCCAAGACAACACCUCCAUCUGUCUUCUUCCCAGUCUUUGUCCGAUUUGUGAAAGCAUACAAGCAAGCGGAAGAGGAGAAUGACCUAAGGAAAAAGCAAGAGCAAGCAUUAAUGGAAAAACUUCUUGAACAGGAAGCCUUGAUGGAACAACAAGACCAAAAGUCUCCAUCCCAUAAAACAAAAAGACAGCAGCAAGAGCUGAUUGCAGAGCUAAGGCGGCGGCAAGUCAAAGACAACAGGCAUGUGUAUGAAGGGAAGGAUGGUGCCAUUGAAGACAUAAUCACAGUGCUGAAGACGGUGCCCUUUACCGCUCGAACGGCCAAGCGUGGCUCUCGGUUCUUCUGCGAACCUGUUCUCACAGAGGAAUUCCAUUACUAAACUAUUCCUCUUUCAGACCCGGUGCUCUUAAAAAACAAAAAAGGUUGCUAUCUUAGAAACCAGCCCUACAGACGAGCCGAUGCGGUGAGGAGAAGCGUGCGGAGGCGCUUCGACGACCAGGCCUUGCGUGCUCUCAAUGGUGCUGAAAUAACCAUGUGAGCCGGACUGAGGAAACCUGCAUGUGUAAAGUAGGAAGUGUCCUUGAUCACUUCCUUCCCACGCGAACUCUCUUUGUGCUACCACUUUAAUUAUGGCCUUGAUCACAGUACAUUAACUUAUCUUCCGAAGGGCUCCGUAAUGACAGAAAGUGCAUAGGAAUGACGGGGAAAAUCUGGGCUCCCCACAUAACUGUAGCUACCAAGUGCCUAAAUUUCAAGUACCUGCUCAAAUUUAAUCAAAGCAAUAGGACUUUAUUUGAUUGGGUAUCUUUUUACACCAAUAAAUUUGUUCCGUGUUUUUAACCAAAAUGUAAGAUACAUAUUGUAUUUUUUGUCGUUACAUACAAUUUAGUAAGUAGCCUUCACUAGGCUUUCUUGAUACCAUGACCAGUUGUAAAUAGGCAAUACUUUGAUGUGAGCUGCUGUGGGCUUUUCUUUUCUUGUUAUUAUUAUUAUUAUUUCAGUACAUUCCUGAAUGAUUUGAGAAGUUAACUCUGAACUUGAGCUGCACUUAUUUUAGUGUUCUAUAUGCAUAUGUAGGUAUAUGCAUACAUAAGGACAAAAUAUGCUGUUAAAAUAAAUUGCGCCCUGUAAGAAAAUUUUGUUGUCUUAGUGGGAGAAAACAUCCAUAAAGCAAAAGUUGACAUAGAUUUGGGUACAGUUUGUAAAAGUUAAAGAUCACUGGGAUAAAAGAAAGGUUUGCGUAGUGGGACUUCUAUUGUAAAUAGGAUGUGGUAAUGCAAGGCUUAUAUGAAAUACACAUUUGCCUACUUUCAAAUUCUACCUGGUACAUACCAGUAGGCAGCAGAGGUAUUGGUGAAAAGUUUGAACAUAUUGCGAACACAGAAUGAUGUAUGAAACUCUGGUUAUUGUGUUCUUCACGUAGAGGCAGCUUUUGGGUAACUUUUAUUAUUUAUUAAUUAGCACUAAGAUAUUAACUUCUCAAUAAUCAGUAUUAGAAUUCCUGAGGACCGCAAACUGUUCAGUUGUCAGAACAGUGAAAACCUGGUGCCCAACUUUAAAAAAUUGGAUGCCUUCCAUGCACAACCUUCUAUCUUCAUGCUGCACAGACCAGAGAUUUGGGAGCCAGCUCACGACAAUCCAAGUUGGAUCAGGAUUUAAUUGGACUGCAGCUAACUAUGGAAUUGAUCGCCUCGCUUCCAAACCUGAAUUGGAAACACUUUAUCCUAAUCCACUCAAUAAUAUAAACCAAGACCAAGUACAAUGUGGAGUCAGACUUUUAAAUAUAUCUGCACUGUGUUUCUUUUGGUCAACAUUUGGAUUUCAAAGGGAAUGCAUAAGCCAUUGAACGUAAUGCAGUGCAGAAGGAUGUACUCGUUUGAAAAAACGAUUUAUGCUAACGGAGUCUCUUCCAAAUCUAAUCUAAGUGCUUAUAUUUUCAUCUUAAAGCCAAUUCAAGCAUCUCAAUCAGGCUUUAAUCUUCUAUACAUUCAUCUAUUUCUAUAAGGCAGGGCACCAAUUUGUUCUGAAGUCAGGAACUGGAAGUUACGGGAUACCUUGCUUACUGCUUACCUUUGCUGAUAGCACUGCAACACUAUGUUAAUUGUAAAAAUUUCUUGUAUAGUAUUUAACCACUUAAUUCUUUUCUUUUUUUAUGUUGUGCUUAUGUGAACCACUGGUAAAGGUCCCAUAUUCCUUUGAUAAUGUGUAGCUAUAUGAUAAUGUUUUUAAAUGUACAGAUAUUUUGCUACAAAAUUGGUGCUUUUUUAUGGUUUUUACACUUCUCUUUAAUUCCUACUCUAGCCUCGGGGUAAUAUUGUAAAUAUUGUUUAAAAUGCAUCAGCCUGAGCUAUACAAUCUGAAUGUUAUUUUAACUUAUAGUUUUGUUUUUAUAUUUAACUAAAUGGACAGUUUGGGGGCUCAGAAGUUAUUACAUUGACAUCUGCUUACCUAUUGACAGAAAGUUUAUUUUACACAAUGACCAAUAGCAUUCGCAGUUUACAGCAGCGUGUACCUGACCUGCCAGGGAGAACAUGCCACCAUUACAGCUUUUUUCUUUACAGAACGACAAAUAUUUUGACUUGGUUAUCCCUAUUUAUGAACCCUCAAUUUGAUAAGAUAAUUUAACAGCAGUGAAAAAUGCUGGCAAAACUCAAAACAUACAAAAAUAGUUUCAAAUGAACAAAUAGGUUGUAAUAUUGGCAUGUUCUCUUUGAUAUUUUAUCUAGUAAUAGACCUGCUUCUUAGCAAUAUUAUAGCUGUUUUAUAAAAGCAGUUCAAGUUACUUUUCUGAUCUGUUCAUGGCAUAUGAUUGAAUAAACUAUUUACACUACUA